UCUUGUUCUAGCAUCUCAUUCUCCUUUCUCAUAUGGCUUUCUCAAGAUAUACUGUCACUGUUUCACUUCUUCUUGUCUCUCUUACGCUCCUCCAUCUUUCAGAAGCUUUACAUAACUACGAUUUGCAGAUUAGCUUGAAUGAAGCAUUGGCACCUUCGCCUGCACCUGCACCUGUAGCUUCAGGUUCAAAGCUGAGCAUAGACUGUGGAGAGGCAUGUAAAGGAAGGUGCAAACUAUCAAAAAGGCCAAAUCUAUGCAAAAGGUCAUGUGGGAGUUGCUGUGCCAAGUGCAAUUGUGUGCCUCCAGGCACUUAUGGCAAUCUUGAGUUUUGCCCUUGCUAUGCUAGCCUUACCACUCGCAACCACACCCGUAAAUGUCCUUGAAAUCAUAAAGAUCCCUUCAUUUUACUUUCCUACGUUUUAAAAAUAUUUGUUUCUUUUCCUUCUUUUGUUGUACUUGGUUUUUGUUUUCUUUUUUACUUAAUGAUAA